CGGCGCAUCCUGUUUCACCACAAACAUCGCGAACGCAAGCCUCGUUCUCCACGGCAAUCGACUCCGCUUGGUCGAAUUACAUAAAGAGACACCACUCUCGAAGUCAUCAGACCUAGUCUCGUUCUAGGACGGCUGUCCCGGCUUGGUUCUGGCCGUGGCUCGUGGCAGCCUCAUGCAGUUAGACCGCACAAUCGAAUGCGAGGGGAAGAGAGGGUAGUGAGACAGCAGCGAAAGAAGCACAUCCGCGGGAUACAAAUCAGCCAGCUGUUGACAAAGGUUAUCACCGAGGCAGCUGGAAAACCCGUGCAAUCUGUGGUUGCUGAUGAAGUUGAGCUCCUCGAAAAGGGUAAAGAGCAUGUUGGAGGCAUCCGAGAGAGAGCAUCGAAACGCGGGAAACGACAGCCUGCUGAUGCUGUUGCUGCUUCAUCUGCUGCGGCGAAGCAGGCGAAGCGCAAGGGGGCUGACGCAGCUCUCUCCGACCCUCUAGCAUUGGCUCAUGAUGGCGGGACAAGAAGCGGUGCUACCCCAGCUACGUCGCGGGAGGAAGCGCACUGCAACAGCUCGAUAGGGUGGACCACUUACUACACAGCGCUCGCUGUGGCAGCCAGAGCGGGAGAGCACACGUGUACUGACACGGACGUGUGCCACCCCGGCCAGCGGUGCAAGCCCGUUGAGUCUGGUGGAGUGAGCCUUGCCGAGCGAACCAACAGUCUCGGCAUUCGGCACGAAACUUCCAGCGAUGCACGGCGGCGGAUGCACAACACGAACCACGACAUCGCCCACAAGAUCGCUGCGAGUGAGGGAUGCUACGUGUACAACGAGCGCAAGACACGGAGUGACGUGACGAAUCCCGGGAACAGAGGAGGAGCUGGGGGAGGUGCAGGAUACCUAAAGUCUUGUGUGGGCUACUAGUGUUGGGGUGCAGACAGACGAUUUUGUGGUGGGAGCGGCCGGAGACAAGGUGUUGACGGCUAGAAGGUGGGCGGUAGACGAGUCCAGGGCAAGGAAAUGGGCCGCCCCCAAGAACUUCACCAGAUCUUGCAAGUUGCGGGUUCGGGGCGCAUCGUGCUACUGCUCGACUUGCCGAAUAGGCUGCUACGAUGUCUGCAUGGUAGCGAAGGUGUACCCCGACUUGGUUGGCGAGGUGAUGGAGAAGUUGGGAAAAGAGAUGGUUGGGAGACGCACGCGUGGGGCUCAAUUGACCGGCGUUAUUCUUCUGGUCAUAUCUUCGGACGAGUCCCCAGUGGCGCCUACGCUUGACGAGAGCAUGGGGGA